GGGGGGGCGGGGGGGGGCCAGAAGCUGAACAUGCCCAGCCUGAGCUCUGCCGAGCUGUGGCGUGCCAGCGGCCGCUGGGACGGGAUGGGGCCGGAGCUCUUCCGGCUGGCUGACCGGCACGGCAAGGGCUACUGCCUGGGCCCCACGCACGAGGAGGCGGUGACAGAGCUGGUGGCUGCUCAGAGCAAUCUGUCCUACAAGCAGCUCCCGCUGCGCCUCUACCAGGUAACCAGGAAAUUUCGGGAUGAGCCCAAGCCCCGCUUCGGCUUGCUGCGCAGCCGGGAGUUUUACAUGAAGGACAUGUACAGCUUCGACGCCUCCGGAGAGGCGGCUCGGCAGACGUACAACCUGGUGUGCGACGCCUACCGCAGCCUCUUCGACCGCCUGGGCCUUCCCUUUGUCAGAGUGCAGGCAGCUACGGGCAACAUCGGCGGCACCGUGUCCCACGAGUUCCAGCUCCCAGCAGAUGUCGGCGAGGACAGGCUGGCGGUGUGCCCUGACGGACAUUUUGCGGCCAAUGUGGAAACGCUAAAUGGGGAGCAAACGUCUUGCCCCACGUGUGGAGAAAAACUCACCCAGACCAGAGGGAUCGAAGUGGGGCACACGUUUUAUCUGGGCACCAAGUACUCCUCUGUCUCCAACGCUGUCUUCUAUUCCCCUGACAACAAGCCCCAGCUGGCAGAAAUGGGCUGCUACGGCCUGGGCAUCACUCGCAUCCUGGCAGCCUCCAUCGAGGUGCUCUCUACGGAGGACAGCAUCCGCUGGCCAAGCCUCAUCGCGCCCUACCAGCUCUGCUUCAUUCCCCCCAAAAAAGGCAGCAAAGAGGAGGAGGAGGGAGCCAUGCUGAUGGAGCGAGUGUACGAUGACCUCAUGGAAGCACUGCCCCACCUCGCCGGCGACUCGGUGCUGGAUGACAGGACACAGCUGACCAUCGGCAGAAGGCUGAAGGACGCCCGCAAACUGGGUUAUCCCUACGUGGUCGUAGCCGGGAAGAGGGUUUGCGAGGAGCCCCCAGUCUUCGAGGUCUGGAAUCAGAACACUGGUGAGGUUUUGUUCCUCACCAAGGAAGGUGUCUUUGAGUUGCUGAGUAAAGUGCAAGUCCCUUAAACUCCCCGUCUCCGAAUCUCUCAUCUUCGCUGCGCUAAGUUCAUCUGAACAGCCCUGGUUCCUUUUCAAGGACGUGUAGGUUGUCGGCAAUGGCUCUGGGUGAGCGGAGCCGAACCCAGCUCACGUCGGAGCUGGCCAGGGGUGUCUUGCAGCCCAGUGCUGGGGUUGAGCUGGGGUCAGCCCACAUUACCCUGUGGGGCCAGGGACAUUGCUGCCUCUGGCUACAGACCCUCACCACCAGCUGCUUUUACCGGCAUGUGUAACCUCGCGCGGCUGCGGGAGCACUGGCAGGGUCAGCCCCUCGCUGCCUGGCCAUGGCAGACAGGCUGGCGAUGGCCUCUGUUGGGCGCAUGUGACAGCAGAGGCUGCAGGAGAGGGGACGGGAGGGCUUCCCACACCCUUUUCGGGUGCAGAGUUCUCAGCAUGGGGGAUUUUAAGAGGGAGAGAAAGGAAGGCACCUUUCCUCUGUUUGCAUCUUCUCUUUGGAAACACCGAGGUUCCAUAAAGGUGGAGGUUAAUCUUAACUAACUCAAAAAGGUGAACUCUAGAGCCUCGUUCACCUUGAAAACGCCACAGCGCUACAAAUCUGCAGGAAUUACGUGAAGAAUGGUGUCAGGCAUCCACACCCCAGCCCUGUAGGUCAGUCCGGCUGGUGAGAUGCUGGGUGGUGACGGUGUGGUUUCAGGGAUGCAGCCUCAGUAAAUCUUUGCAAAAAAAUUAACAGGGAAACGAGGAAUUUGAGGACCCGCAAAGCCUGGGGGUAAGAAUGUCCAGGCCAUGUUGUUGCUUGUAGGCUGUAAGCAACCCUGUCCCGUGGGGCGGUGACAUCCCGCUCGUACGUGCCCGCUGCAGCGUGGGGCUUGCCGUGCCGGGGCUCCCGUGAGGAACAGCUUGCUGCCACCCCAGCGG